AUGCAUUCGUUGUUGUGCGACUUUGAGUACUUCCCCUGCGACCAAUGCCAGUUCAAGACGCUGUUUAAAAGUACGCUAAACAAGCACGUGACCGUAACACACGGCUCCGAUUGGUUCAAGUGCGACCAAUGCAAAUUCGAAACAAAAUACAAACAAAACUUGCAAAACCACCUUCUCACUAAACACAAUCACAAUCCUAAAUUGUUUGAAUGUGAUAAAUGUGGCCACAAAACUAAAACAAAGGCCACUCUGAUCAAACACCGAAAGCAUAAACAUGAAAACACACCAUUAUUCCACUGUGACAUUUGUGAUUACACCACAAAUGUCAACCGCAAUUUAAUUAAACAUUGUGAUGCGCGUCAUGCCACAGGUUAUCACAAAUGUAACAAGUGUGAUUUGAGCUUCGAGACGCGAUUUGAGCUCACAACGCACACAAAAAACGAACAUUUCAAGGUUAUUGUCAAAUAUCAAUGCCACCUUUGUGACUUUAAAACUAAUUCAAAGCUGGAAUUGGCCACACAUAAGAAAACCGAACAUUUGAAGAACGUUAAAUUGUAUGAGUGCCAACUUUGUGAUUUUAAAAGUGAGCAUAAGGGGAACUUCGGCAAUCACAAAUUGCAGAAACAUUCGGAUAAGUGGCUUAAGUGCGAACAGUGCGGUUAUCAAACGAAGUGGAAAAGCAGUUUGCUGAGGCAUGUGAGGACACAGCAUGGUUGA